AUGUCUGGAGUCCGUAACCUCUCGGCGGCUCUCCGCCGAGCUCGAGUACCUCGCCCUCGCAUUGUGGCUCGCCCCAUCCUCUCUCAAGCAGCAUGUGCGACCGUGUUGCGUACCUUCAGCACAAGCUCCACCACCCGAGCCGACUCCAAACAGAUCAAGUACACCAGCGACGCAUACCCCAACGUCAAGCGUGAUCCUAAGUUCGCCGAGAUCUCUGCUGAAGAUGUUGCAUUCUUCAAGGAGCUCCUGGGCUCCGAAUCUGCCAUCAUUGACGGCGUCACAACCGAUGCGACGGACGACCUUGAACCUUUCAACAGUGACUGGAUGCGCAAGUACCGGGGACACACCCGGCUGGUUUUGAAACCCGGCAGCACAGAGCAGACUAGCAAAGUGCUGAAAUACUGCAAUGACCGGAAAUUGGCUGUCGUGCCGCAGGGUGGAAACACGGGCCUGGUUGGUGGCUCCGUGCCAGUUUUCGAUGAGAUCGUCCUCAACACUUCGCGAAUGAAUAAGAUUCGCUCUUUUGACGAGGCUUCUGGAGUCCUCGUUGCUGAUGCCGGUGUCAUUCUUGAGGCGGCUGACCAAUACUUGGCUGAGCGCAACCACCUGUUCCCGCUCGACCUGGGCGCCAAGGGCUCCUGUCAGAUUGGAGGUAACGUGGCGACCAACGCUGGUGGCCUGCGACUAUUGCGCUACGGCAGCUUGCACGGAACUGUGCUCGGUCUCGAGGCGGUCCUGCCGGACGGGACUAUCGUGGACGCCCUCUCCACUCUGCGUAAGAACAACACUGGUUACGAUCUCAAGCAACUCUUCAUUGGCUCCGAGGGCACCAUUGGUGUUGUGACUGCUGUUUCAAUCAUCUGCCCGCCGCGCCCCAAGGCUGUGAAUGUCGCCUACUUUGGUUUGGAGAGCUUCGAGCAGGUGCAGCAGGCUUACCUAGCCGCGAAGGGUCAGCUGUCGGAGAUUCUGUCUGCGUUCGAGCUGAUGGACGGCCGCAGCCAGGGCUUGGUUAUCGAGUCUACUGGUAACAAGCACCCGCUGGAGGGCGAAUACCCUUUCUACUGCUUGAUUGAGACCAGCGGCUCUAAUGCCGAGCACGACAUGGCUAAGCUGGAGACAUUCCUGGAGAACGUCAUGGGCGAGGGCAUUGUUGCUGAUGGUGUGCUAGCCCAGGACGAGACUCAGUUCCAGGCUCUGUGGCGCUGGCGUGAGGGCAUCACUGAGGCCCUGAGCCACCUGGGUGGAACGUACAAGUACGAUGUGUCGAUCCCUCUGGCAGAUCUGUACCAGCUUGUGGAGGACUGCAAGGCUCGUCUGACCGAGAUGGGCUUUGUCGGUGAUGACGACUCCUUCCCUGUACGUGCUGUCGUUGGGUACGGCCACAUGGGUGACUCCAACCUGCACCUGAAUGUGUCGGUCCGCCAGUACAACAAGGAAGUCGAGAAGGCCAUUGAGCCGUGGGUAUACGAGUGGAUUCAAAAGCGCAAUGGCAGCAUCAGUGCUGAGCACGGUCUGGGUAUUGCUAAGAGGGAGUUCAUCGGCUACAGCCAGAACGAAACCAUGGUCAAGUUGAUGAAGCAGCUUAAGGCUGUGUAUGAUCCGAACGGUAUCAUGAAUCCCUACAAGUACCUCUAA